AUGGAUGAGUUUACUCAAUCUCAAGAGAAGAAAUUGACUGAAUUUAGACGGUUCCUUUUAGCAUUAGUUCUUGUCUGCUUGACAAGAAAAGAUCAACAAUAUUGGGCGCUACAAAAGAAAUUUAUAAAAAAAAUGAGUUUCCAAGAAGUGAAACAAUUACUUCAUGAUCGAUCGGGGAAAAUUGCAGAUGAAACAAGUCGGGUGUGUAUUUCCUUGUUGGAAGGAUCAAAACAAGAUGAAUAUAUUUCAUCGUGCACACGAGCGAUGGUGACUAAAUAUGAUCCGAUUAUUUCGACCUUCGGAGAUCAAAUUAAUGAGAUUUCAAAUUCAACCACUGAUAUUUCUGUACAAAUUCAUCAAAUUGACAGACGAUUACAAACGAUGGUGCAAACACGACAAUCUUUGGAUGAAAUUCUCACAAAAUUGAAAAGGAUGGGUUUUGAAAAUGAAGCAAAAGGAAUUAAAGACACUCGAAGCUCGAAACCUCCGCAACAUUAG